GUGUAUCAUAGCAUCUGCUAGACGAUUGGCCGACAUCACCUCUGUAUGUCGGCAUGUGCUGUCACCAAUACUCUAGUUGCGGUACAGCUCAUUGGCUCGAGUCCCUGCUCCGUCCUGAAAUCAUUUCAGAUCCCCCCCAUUUCCAAUUCCAUCCUCAUGGCGUCCUCGCCAUUGGCUCUUUCUCUCUCUCUCGCUCUCUCUCGCUCUCCGUUAACCUUUCGGCUCCAGUUGCGGACCGUCCAGCGCCCGGCGAGCAAUCGCAUCGUAGCGCUCCGCAGGUACUCGAGCAGUUAGUGAAUGGGGGAUCACCGAUGUGUAAGCUACGUAUGAUACCGUAUGCACAACUUGAUAGGGUGAGGGAGCACCGCGCCUUGGCCAAGUUAACUUUAUUUUUGCCCAUUGCAUGCGGAUUCAGCUGAUCGGGUGCACGUACGAGUACUCGUACAGUGGGAGUGCAGCACAGAUAAUAGCUUGUCUGUUAUGGCCACGGAGUACCGGUACGGUAUGGUAUAUUACGGUACGUCACAGCGACCACUGUUCUGUGUUGUACGAGUACGAUACCAGCGACGGAAUAGGUUGGGGGGAGAGGGCAGUGUAAUUGCGGAUGACAUUCCGAAGGCAAGGAAGGAGGAAGGAAAGGAAGGUGAUUGCGAGAG